AUGUCUGAGGGCAAGCCUUUUUCUGACUGGGGCGUGGCCGAGUGGGACGCCAUUGGCAGGGUGUGGUCCAACCUUCCCGACAUAUUCGGUUUCCUGAUUAUGUGGGGGAUGACCAUGAGCCCGCUGACACCAGACCAGCAGAUUCGUUUACUGAAAGUAUGUUACGAUAUUUCGUACUUGCUCGGGAGCAGCGAGCUGAUGAUGUGUGUGUAUUUGGAAGCGGGCGGCACAUUUUCUAAAAAAGCGCAGUAUGAAAAUGCAAUGUCAUGUUAUACAGCUGCUAUGGAAAUAGCGAAAUCAAAUGAUGACAAUCAGACUCAAGCAGCUUGUUAUAGAUUGAUGGGUGAAAUUCAGCACAGGCUGCACGAUUACAAUCAGUCAAUGGAGAAUUUCCAACACGCACUUAGUCUAUGUCAAAAGACAGGUGACGUGAGUGGUCAAGCUGAAGCAUACCUGGGUAUGGGUAAUGUGCACAGGUCUGAGGGCAAGUACGAGGACGCAAUGAAUAAUUACCAACACGCACUUAGUCUAUUUCAAAAGACAGGUGACGAGAGUGGUCAAGCUAAUGCAUACCUGGGUAUGGGUGAUGCGCACAGGUCUCAGGGCAAGUACGAGGACGCAUUGAAUAACUACCAACACGCACUUAGUCUAUUUCAAAAGACAGGUGACGAGAGUGGUCAAGCUAAAGCAUACCUCGGUAUGGGUGAUGUGCACUGGUCUCAGGGCAAGUACGAGGACGCAAUGAAUAACUACCAACACGCACUUAGUCUAUUUCAAAAGACAGGUGACGAGAGUGGUCAAGCUAAUGCAUACCUGGGUAUGGGUGUUGUGCACAGCUCUCAGGGCAAGUACGAGGACGCAUUGAAUAUCUACCAACACGCACUUAGUCUAUAUCAAAAGACAGGUGACGAGAGUGGUCAAGCUAGUGCAUACCGGGGUAUGGGAUAUGUGCACAGGUCUCAGGCCAAGUACGAGGACGAAAUGAAUAACUACCAACACGCACUUAGUCUAUUUCAAAAGACAGGAGACGAGAGUGGUCAAGCUAAUGCAUACCGGGGUAUGGGUAAUGUGCACAGGUCUCAGGCCAAGUACGAGGACGCAAUGAAUAACUACCAACACGCACUUAGUCUAUGUCAAAAGACAGGUGACGAGAGUGGUCAAGCUGAAGCAUACCAUGGUAUGGGUAAUGUGCACUUUAACCAGGGCAAGUACGAGGACGCAAUGAAUAACUACCAACACGCACUUAGUCUAUUUCAAAAAACAGGUGACGAGAGUGGUCAAGCUAGUGCAUACCGCGGUAUGGGUAAUGUGCACUUUAACCAGGGCAAGUACGAGGACGCAAUGAAUAACUACCAACACGCACUUAGUCUAUUCCAAAAGACAGGUGACGAGAGUGGUCAAGCUAGUGCAUACCAUGGUAUGGGUAAUGUGCACAGGUCUCAGGCCAAGUACGAGGACGCAAUGAAUAACUACCAACACGCACUUAGUCUAUUCCAAAAGACAGGUGACGAGAGUGGUCAAGCUAGUGCAUACCAUGGUAUGGGUGAUAUGCACUUUAAGCAGGGCAAGUUCGAGGACGCAAUGAAUAACUACCAACACGCACUUAGUCUAUUUCAAAAGACAGGUGACGAGAGUGGUCAAGCUAGUGCAUACCUGGAUAUGGGUGUUGUGCACAGGUCUCAUGGCAAGUACGAGGACGCAUUGAAUAACUACCAACACGCACUUAGUCUAUGUCAAAAGACAGGUGACGAGAGUGGUCAAGCUAGUGCAUACCAUGGUAUGGGUAAUGUGCACUUUAACCAGGGCAACUACGAGGACGCAAUGAAUAACUACCAACACGCACUUAGUCUAUUUCAAAAAACAGGUGACGAGAGUGGUCAAGCUAGUGCAUACCGCGGUAUGGGUAAUGUGCACUUUAACCAGGGCAAGUACGAGGACGCAUUGAAUAACUACCAACACGCACUUAGUCUAUUUCAAAAGACAGGUGACGAGCGUGGUCAAUCAAAGGCAUACUAUGGUAUUGGUAAUGUGCACAUGUCUCAGGCCAAGCACGAGGACGCAUUGAAUAACUACCAACACGCACUUAGUCUAUUUCAAACGACAGGUGACCAGAAGGGUCAAAUUAAUGCAUACCGCGCUAUGGCGAGUAUUCACAAAGUAAUUUGUAAAUACGAGGAGAAGAAGAAAUGCAUUCGUCAAGCAAUCAGUCUUACUGCAACGUUAGAGAACGUGCCGCCCAACCUAGUGGAGCUUGGACUACUAUACGAGGAAAGUGAAAACUUCAACUAGGCGAACAAGUGUUACGAAAAGCAGCUUGAUUCAUGUUUAAAGAAUGGCGACGUAGUUGGGCAAGUACAGACACAUCUUAUGAUGGGUAUGCUGCACCUAUCUCAACGUAACUACGAUAAGGCUAUGGAGUGCUGCCAACAAGCGAGAGAUAAGUA